AUGAAAGUCGUUCAUGCUGUCCAGUCGUACUUGAGUCACGGCAUUCGUCGUGUUCGUGUCUCGCCUGCCGAGACCCUGGAUGCUGUAUGGGACUUUGCCCGCCGCUACUUUUUCACGUUGGCCUUUCUCUCGUUGUUCAGCGCCAAAUGUCUGCAUCUCUACGCUCACUUGUACUCCCUCCCGGCACCUCGGUUCUUCCUCUGGGGAAUCACCUUCUUUUUCCAGGAUGUUGCGAUCCUAUUGCUGUUCCGCAUCUUCGCGCAGAAGAUCGCGUGGCGACCUGGAGCCGCCUUGGUGGCUUUGGUGGUCAUCCCAGCUAGUUUGAUCGUCUCGUUCAUGGCUUCGGCCAAUACCUCCUUUUACGUGUUCACCGGCGCCGAAAUCCACUGGCGCCAAGCCAAAUCCUUCAACGGCGACGCCGCCGCCAUCCACACUCUGCUGACCGGCUUGACGGGUUUCCUCAUUGUCGAGGGCAUUCUCUUGACCGUGUCACUGUUUGCCGCCCGUCCGAUUCAUGCCAUCACCGGAGGAAUCCUACAUGUGUGGGCAUGGCCGGUCCGAUGGAUGGCGGCGCGCGUGUGGCCACACGUGGAGCCAUUUGUGCAACGAGUUUGGCCUCGCGCUCGUCAUGAAAUCCUGCCGGAUCCCCAAAUUUACGAACAAAUCGCCUUGGAGGACAAUGCGGACCUCAGCGACGAGGAGGAAUCGGACACCUUGCUGAACACGCAACUCCCCAACCCGCUGCCGGAGAACAAGCGGGUGACCGAUGGGGUCCCCCAACGGGCGCUCGUCCUCACCUUGUUCAGUCUGUUCCUCCUGCUUCGCUUUAUGCGACCCUCGGACCCAGUGUACAUGUACCUCUCGACCACGCUGCCCUUGACGACCAUCGUCGAGGGUGCUCACCGGAACUCUCCCGUCGACACCACCGGCAUGCCUGGAUAUUUUGAUCAUUUGGAAGGGCUUUCUGCAUUGCACCCACCCCCUCGGUGGGAAUGGAUGCCGAACCCGGCUCCUGAGGGUUUCACAGACUGGGAUCCGACAGACCCCUUGGCUCUGCACUACAGCCCGCGUGAGGAUCCAUUGCACAUCUCGAACCUGAACAAGCCGGUGCUGGAGGAGAUUCACAAUGCCUUGGCCAGCGGCGACGUCAAGAUCAAGCACGUGGUAUUCUUGAAGCUGGAGAGUGCUCGUGCUGAUAUCUUCCCGCUGAAGAAGGAUGAGUUCAUGUACAAGCGCAUCGCCGAGACGUGGAAGGACAAGAAGAUCCCUCCUGAGGUCGAGGACCGUCUGUCCAACCUCACUCGCACGGCCGAGUAUCUGACCAGCUUCCCCAACGGAUUUGACCAUGAGAACACCCGCUUCCCGCGCAAGGCCUACGGUGGUGUAAGUGCCAAAAACGCAGUUACCACCUCAACCUACACUCUGAAGAGUCUGGCGGGUAGUCUCUGUGGUCUCACUCCACUGGUCGCCGACUUUAACCGCGAGUUUGAGCACCACGUCUAUCAGCCAUGUUUGGCCCACGUCUUCGACAUGUUCAGCAAGCAGCCCGAUAUCAACAGUGAGUCGGACGACUUCACCAAGUGGCCGUGGCACCCCAUGUUCAUGAUGUCGGUCACCGAAACCUAUGACAACCAGGAGAAGUUGACUCCUGUGCUGGGAUUCCGUGACAAGCAAACCAAGGAGACCAUCACCAAGCCGACUGCCAAGCAUUAUCCCGUGACCUCCAAGGAGGUGAACUACUACGGAUUUGUGGAACAAGAGCUCCGUGAAUACAUUCGCGAUGCCAUUGACGACGCCGAGGCCAAGCAUGAACGUCUCUUCCUCACUCAUCUGACUAGUACCACCCACCACCCGUGGGGAGUUCCCAACGACGACUUCGACGAGAUCAUGGGUUCUACUGCUGGUCCCAACAACGACCUGAACCGGUACCUGAACUCGGUUGGGUACGUGGAUGAUUGGUUGUCCGAGAUCAUCGACAUCCUGGAGGAGAAGGGCAUCGCCGAUGAGACCCUCUUCGUCAUGGCUGGGGACCACGGUCUCUCUCUUCCCAAUGACGGCGGUGUUACUCCCUACGACAACCCCCAUAUCGGCAGUUUCCAGGUUCCCAUUGUGCUUGCCCACCCCAAGUUACCUCCCAUUGAAAUUGACAGCCCCGUCAUCAGCAGCCAGAUCGUUCCCAGUAUCAUCGACUUGCUGAUUGAGUCAGCUUCCCUCAGUGAGGACAGCACCAAGGCCGCCCGAGACCUCCGAUCUCUCUACGAAGGACAGUCUCUGAUCCGUCCGCAGAUCACCGAGCAAGACGGUCGCCAAGCCUGGCACUUUACAGUCAUGAACACUGGCGGUUCGUGGCUAUCGGUGCGGUCGGCCGCCCGACCGGAAUUCCGUCUGGUCAUUCCCCUGGUCAACGAUGUUGAAUGGCGAUUCUCCGAUCUCUCCAAAGAUCCCGACGAGUUGAGUCCGAUUGAGCGCUUCAGUCUGCCAGACCUGGCGUCGACGAUCAGCAAGCGCUACGACGACGAUGCUCUUAACUGGCUCUACAAUGCCGCGUAUGUCGCCAAUUGGUGGGUGACGGAGAACUGGGACCGUUGGCGCUUCUCCCCAGAAGCCGAGAAAAACAAAACGGAAUCGGCGGCAUGA